AUGGUGGAUGACACCAAUCCUCAAGCUGGUGCCAGUGAGGCUGCCAAGAGGUCUAAAAGGACCAAGAAGGUAACAAUUGUCCAACAGAAACAAGCUGGAAAUAUAGCCAAUGAUGACAACAAGAUUGAUGACAAACCUGAAUAUGAAUCAGAUGAUGAUGACAUUGGUAAACAAUACAGUUUUUGCACCUUAAGCAAACUCCUUGAGCUGGUACCAAAGCUUACUACCCAGAACUAUUACAGCUGGAGUGCUCACAUAAAGUCCUUCCUCCAAUUGGUACCUUAUGCCAUGGAACAUCUUGAAGGAACAUAUGAUGUGAAUCACUCAAAAUGGAGUUGCUCAUUUGAUGAUGCAUUGACAAAUGCCUUACAUGGAACCAUUGACACCAUAGGAGAAUGUAAUGUAAACUACCUUCUCUUGGACAUAAUAAGAGAGUACCUUACAUUCCAUCAAGUCUGGAGCAAGAUAGAAGCAAGGUUAGGUGAUGAAGCCACCAGAACUUCCUGCUGGCUCACCCUGAUCACCCAGCUGGGUGACAUCAAGAUGUUCCAUUCCAAUGCUCAGAAGCUGGUACAAGAAAUCAGAACUAUCCAAGCCAAAGGAAGCAUCCUGGGAAGACCAUUCACAGAUGACACCUUAUUCUCAGCUCUCCAGAAAUGCAUGAUUCACCACCCAAUGUUCAGGGAGACAGUUGCCACUGUCCACCAACUUAGUUUCGAGGCACUAGCCACCACACUCAGCAUAUGCCAAUUGGCAUUGGAGAGUAUCCCCACCCAGAAACUCGAUCCUCAGCAAGCUCAUGCUAGGACUGCCAGCAGUGGUGACCAGGACAGACCAGCUCAAGAAACCAAUAGCAAUGACAGCAGUGAAAUUGCUAAGACUGUGUAUAGACUGCAAAAGAUCCAGUGUUUCAUAUGCAGGCAAGUUGGACAUGGAGCAAGACAAUGCAAUGCAUCUGUUAGCAUCCCAAAAGGCUCCCCACUCACCAACUCCAACUAG